AUGAAGGGUGACGGCAAAGCAGGAACCUGCAAAGAUAUAGUCCCAUUAGUCGCUAAAGUGGUCAUGGGUGCAACAGGUUUUAUUUUCGUCAUGGUUAUAUUAUUUCUUAUUAUUCUUCAAAAAGAGAGAACAAAGACAAGAGAGUUUUACAAAAAAAAUGGUGGGCCUAUAUUAGAGAAGGCAAAGAUAAUAAAGCUUUUCAAAAAGGAAGAGCUCAAGCCUAUUAUAAAGAGUGACAAUUUUAUUGGAAAAGGUGGCUUCGGUGAAGUUUACAAGGGUCUUCUUGCUAAUGAACUAGUUGCAGUCAAGAAGCCCAUCAGUGGGAGUGUACUAGAGACUGAACAAUUUGCAAACGAAGUCAUCAUCCAGUCUCAAGUCAUACACAAGAAUAUUGUUAGGCUCAUAGGUUGUUGUCUUGAAGUGGACCUUCCAAUGCUAGUGUAUGAGUUUCUCUCCAAAGGCAGUUUGGAAGACAUUCUUCACAGUGACAACAAGGUGCCUGUCAACUUGGACCUACGUUUAAGAGUUGCUGCAGAAUCAGCAGAUGGUCUAGCUUAUAUGCACUCAAAAACCACAACUAAAAUCCUGCAUGGUGAUGUUAAACCAGCAAAUAUACUCUUGGAUGACAAUUUUGUGCCGAAGAUAUCAGAUUUUGUCAUAUCGAGGUUGAUUCCGAGAGAUAAACAACAUACCCUAUCAAUCAUUGGUGACAGAACUUAUAUGGAUCCAGUAUAUCUACAAACGGGGCUACUAACCGAAAAAAGUGAUGUCUACAGUUUCGGAGUAGUUAUCUUGGAGCUUAUUAGCAGGGAGAAGGCCACAUAUUCCGACAAUAAUAGCCUCGUACAGAAGUUUCUUGAAGCUCACAAGAAAGAGAGGAAAGCAACUGAGUAUUUUGACAAGGAAAUUGCAGUACCAAGAGAUUUAGGGCUUCUUGAUAGUCUAGCAGAGAUGGCUGUGGAAUGCCUCAGCCUUGAUGUGGAUCAAAGACCAACAAUGACAGAGGUAGCAGAGCGCCUCCUCAAACUGUUCCGAUCUCGUGAGUUGUAA